CAAAGCAGGUAGGUAAAGGCUGUGGUCAACGACUCAACACCCAAAAACAUUGCUCACCUAACCCACCAGCAGUGAUCGAGCAGCGAGACAGUUGACUUAUUUAGGAAGGAAGCUAGGGCGAGAUGCUUGCUUUUCUUCUUCUUCUUCUUCUUCAGUAUUGCACGGUGAAAAGCUAAAAUCAUCUGCAAAAUGCCAUCGCCUUCCAAACAAUCCAACAAUGUCAUAACCUGCAAAGCUGCGGUGGCAUGGGGGGCUGGGGAGCCAUUGGUUAUGGAGGAUGUAGAGGUCAGUGCGCCGCUGCCCGGCGAAAUCAGAAUCAAAGUCGUUUGCACUUCUCUCUGUCGCAGUGACAUCUCCGCUUGGGAGUCUCAGGCAAUAUUCCCGCGAAUAUUUGGUCACGAAGCAUCAGGGAUAGUAGAGAGUAUUGGAGAGGGAGUGGAUGAAUUUAAAGAGGGGGACCAUGUGCUCACGGUAUUCACUGGAGAAUGCAAGACAUGCAGACAGUGUAUGUCAGGUAAAAGCAACAUUUGCCAAGUUCUGGGAUUGGAAAGGAGAGGAGUAAUGCAUAGCGAUCAGAAGACCCGCUUCUCAAUUAGAGGGAAACCUGUUUACCAUUAUUGUGCAGUUUCAAGUUUCAGCGAAUAUACAGUGGUGCAUUCGGGAUGUGCAGUCAAAGUCAGUUCAGUUGCACCUUUGGAGAAGAUAUGCUUACUGAGUUGUGGAGCAGCUGCAGGUCUUGGUGCAGCUUGGAAUGUUGCAGAUAUAUCUAAAGGAUCUAAUGUAGUGAUCUUUGGACUUGGAACUGUAGGCCUUUCAGUUGCACAAGGUGCCAAACUCAGAGAAGCAUCUAAAAUAAUUGGUGUUGACAUCAAUCCAGAAAAGUGUCAAAAAGCAAAGGCUUUUGGUAUAACGGAAUUUAUCAAUCCAACUGACUGUAAUGAACCCAUUCAAGAGGUGAUUAAAAGAAUCACUAAUGGAGGGGCAGAUUACUCAUUUGAAUGUAUAGGUGAUACUGGAAUGGUAACUACUGCACUACAGUCAUGCUCUGACGGAUGUGGGAUGACUGUCACUCUCGGUGUGCCAAAAGUGAAGCCUGAAAUUGCAGCUCACUAUGGACUAUUUCUUACUGGAAAAACUUUGAAAGGGUCUCUAUUUGGAGGAUGGAAACCUAAAUCUGAUCUCUCCUCAUUGGUUGAUAUGUAUAUGAAGAAGGAAAUCCAGAUUGAUGAGUUAAUCACCCAUAAUAUGCCAUUUGAAGAUAUCAAUAAAGCUUUCAAUCUUAUGCAAGAAGGGAAAUGUUUGCGUUGUGUUAUUCAUUUACCAAAUUAGCUUAUGGGUUUGUUGAGUAAAGAAAAAGAAGUGAUGUUGGAAAUUUUAUGAGUCUUUUUCUUAACGAUUAUUGUUUUGGGAGGGUGAUCAUUUUGUAAGUGUAUGUGAAACAUAAACAGUGUAUGAUUUUUCAUUAUGGACAUUUUGUGUUAGGCUACAUUAGAUGUUUUAUAUUUCAUGAAUUGAUAAUUCUAUUCCCAACAGGUUAGAUUUUGUUUUGUUCCAGUUA